AUGAGGCAGGAGGGCAGUGGGGGUGGGUUGCCGGGAUCCUCUGGCCUGAUGCCUCCCCUUGCAAAAGUGCCAGGCUGCCUGGGGGGCUCUGAGGUGGCUGCAGGCUUCUGCCCCUGCCCUGUCUUCACAGCGGAAAUGUCAGUGCCUGCCAUGGCAGUGCGUGUGCUAAAAUGGAGCCAUACAGAGAUGAGCGUGACCCCUGCGCUGGGGGACACGCGAGACCGGAAAAGCUUCGUGUUGAAAACCAUGAAGUCUGGACCCCGGGACCCUGGAACAGGACCCUAUUGCAGAUCCACCCCGGGAAGUUCAUAUGUCCCGAGUGCCAGAACCUUCCUUGGAGUCAAAGAAAAGGAGAACAACUUCCCCCCGCUGCCCAAGUUCAUUCCCCUGCAGCCCUGCUUCUACCAGAACUUCUCUGACGAGAUCCCUAUCGAGCACCAGGUCCUGGUGAAGAGGAUCUACCGCCUGUGGCUGUUCUACUGCACCACCCUGGGCGUCAACCUCAUCGCCUGCCUGGCCUGGUGGAUCGCUGGCGGCUCGGGAGCCAACUUCGGUCUGGCCCUGGUCUGGCUGCUGCUCUUCUGCCCCUGCGGCUACGUGUGCUGGUUCCGGCCCGCAUACAAGGCCUUCCGAUCUGACAGCUCCUUCAAUUUCAUGGCGUUUUUCUUCAUCUUUGGAGCCCAGUUCGUCCUGACCGUCAUCCAGGCUGUCGGCUUCUCGGGAUGGGGCGCAUGUGGUUGGCUGGCUGCGAUUGGGUUCUUCCAGACCAGUGUCGGGGCCGCCGUGGUCAUGCUGCUUCCGGCCAUCAUGUUCUCCAUGUCGGCCGCCAUGAUGGCCAUCACGAUCAUGAAGGUGCACAGCAUCUACCGCGGGGCUGGCGGGAGCUUCCAGAAGGCGCAGACGGAGUGGAGCACAGGCGCCUGGCGGAAUCCGCCGUCCCGGGAGGCCCAGUACAACAACUUCUCAGGGAACAGCCUGCCUGAGUACCCCACUGUGCCCAGCUACCCGGCCAGCGGCAGCCAGUGGCCUUAG